AUGUUUAGAUAUUUAAAGAAAUUUGUAACAAUUGUUUGUUCUAUCAUCUUAUUAUGUGAAUAUGUUUGUUUUAUAAAAUAUUGUAUUGCCAUAAAUCUUAGGAGUUAUAAAAAAAGCAGUCUCUAUAUAUUUAAUAACAAUAUGAAUAAAAGAUUUGCUUUUCCCUCAUGUAGAAAAAAUUGUGUGAAUUAUAUAAAUAAAGAUAAUGAUUUAAAAGGAUUUAUGAAUAAAAUUAAUAAUAAGAACUGGUUACGAUAUGAAAAGAAAAAGAAAGAGAACCUAAAUAUAAAGGUAAAUAAUACAACAGAUGAUAAAGAGAGUAUGCAUACCUUAAUGCCAAUGCAAAUACCUAUAAAAGAAAUAAGUGAAUAUAAAAAGGAAGAAAAAAAUAAUAUUAAAGAAGGAAAUGAAAAAGAAAUAAAUAAUAAAAGUGUUUGUAAUAAUAUAAUAGAAAAAAAAAAAGAUGUUGUUAUAGAAGAUGCCAUAAAUAAUUGUUGUGAUAAGAAUAGAUAUAAUAGUCAUCAAAAUAAAAAGAAUGAGUAUAAUUUAGGUAAUGAAGAAAAUAUAUCAGAUAUAGAUGACAUAAAAGAGAAGAAUAAAAAUAAAAUAAAGACCAAAAUAAAGAAAAGAACAAGAAAAAAACUUGAAUCAAAUAAUAAUGAUGAUGAUAAUAAUAAUGAUGAUAAUAAAAAUAAUGAUGAUAAUAAAAAUGAUGAUAAUAAAAAUGAUGAUAAUAAAAAUGAAGAAGAAAAACGUAGGAGAAGAGAACAAGUUAGAAAAAAAUUAUCGGAAUUGGCAAAAAUGAGAUGGAAAAAUGAAGAAGAAAGGAAAAAAUUAUUAAGAUCUAAAAAUAAAUUUAAACAUACAGAAAAAACAAAAAAAUUAUUAUCUUAUAAAAUAAAACUAAAAUGGACAGAUGAAAAUUAUAGAAAGAGAAUUAUAGAAAAGACAAGAAUUUUUAAUCAAGAUGAAAAUACAAAAAGAAGGAAAUCUAUUUUAUUAAAAGAGAAAUGGAAGAUGAAAGAUUUCAGAGAAAAAAUGUUAUGUAAUAGAAAGCCAUAUAGUGUUGAACGAAGACAAAAAUUAUCAGAAAUUAUAAAACAAAAAUGGAGAGAGGAUGAUUAUAAGAAUAAAACAUUAACAGCUAUAAAAGAAAAUUACAAAAAGAGAAAAUUACUAGUCGGAUUGAAUCCAAACUUUAAUUACAUACAAAAUGUUAUGUUGUUUAGGCAGCUUGGUAUCAGCGCGCCCAAGAUUCGUUUUUUUCCAGAAAUUCACAAACAAAAAUUGCGAGGAAAAAAAAAAAGAAAACACAAAAGGCAAAAAGAAAAUUACAAAGAGAACUGGAAAAAUAUUUAUGACAACCUACUGGACAAAAAUGAGUUCCAAUCUUCUUUGUCUUAUUUAAAUAAAAUUCAAAAUUUAAGUGUUAGUGCGUAUUUAUAA